AUGGCUCCUUAUGGAGCAACAUUCGUAUCAAACAAAUACCUACUUCAUGGUAGCCUCCGCAAGCGGGAACAUAUAGCAUGUGAUCGGUGUCGCGCCAAGAAAUCCAAGCCAUAUGCCUUGUUCUCGAUGCAUAAUAAAAAACACGGUUUUGUCCACGGUGGCCAAUACCCUGACGUCGGCUCGUUUGCUGAAUACCUGAAGGUCGAUGGAGAACUUGCUUGGCCUAUCCCUGACACGACUACCAUGUCUGAAGCUGCAACAUAUGGCAUUCCAGCUGUCACUGCAAUGCUUUCACUUGCGCACCUUGAUGUCGCAUGGGAAAACAUUUUGUCAGGAGCUACGAGGCAGUCUUCUGCUGAUUCAUCAAUCCUCAUUUACUCCGGUGGUUCGAACGUUGGGCUUUUCGCAAUUCAACUUGCAAAAAGGGCAGGUCUUCAUAUGGUUGUGACUGUAUCCCCACGAUCAUUUGAUCUUGUCAAAAGCUAUGGUGCAGACUCGGUAUUUGACUAUCGGUCCCCCACAGCGGCGAGUGAAAUUUCCAAAGCGUAUCCUGACAUCACCAAAGCUUUGGAUUGCUUUUCUGAAGGCAACUCCUCUCAAUUCUGUGCUGAGGUGUUGAAAAGGGGACGAGCUAUCACGUUGCUUGAUCAAGGGAAGCCGAAAAAAGCGGAGAUCGAGUUCAAAAGUCUCAUGGUUUUCACCGUCUCUGGAAAACCGUUCUCCUUGCUGUCGCCCCUAGGUCCAGCGUUCCCAGUUGUGCCCGAUGAUCGGGAUUCGCUUCGCUGGUUCUAUGCUAGUUUGAGCCAACUAUGUGAUCGUGCUUUGAAGCCACCCCCUGUUACAGCGCUGGGAGGAGGACUUGAUGCGGUACUUGACGGUCUUGAGAGGCUUCGGAAAGGAGAAGCCCACGGCACCAAGCUUGUUGUAGAGCUUCCGUGA